AUGUGCAGUUUUUUGCAGGACAACUCGUAUUUUAUGCCUCGAAAUCGCUGGGUCGAGUAUCCGGAGUAUGUUUGGCUGGAAUACGAUCCUUCUCAGAUUCCUGCUGAAUGGCACAUGUGGCUGCAUCAUAUGACCGAUCAAACGCCUGUACAAAGUCCUCCAAAGCAGAGGAAGUGGAUGUUGGACCACGAGGAAUCCUUAACUCUGUUAGAAAAUCGGAAGUAUGUGCCUUAUUCAACAACAAGACAGAAACUUUCGCUGUGGAAUCCAAAAUUCAAAAAGCCGUGA